AUGGAACAUAGAGUUUUAACAUACACCCCACUAUUGAUUAACCCAAAGAGCAGAGAAGAAUAUUUUAUUGAUCUAAAAUCGAAAUCGAUCGUGGUACACGGAGAAACUGUACCGAUAGAUGCCAAGUUGCUCUCCAUCAACAAGGAAACAGGAAGCGGAGGAACGAAAAUCGACAUUCAAACUCCUUAUACUACUCUGGAUACGUCGAUCUACAAAGCUGUUGUUGAAGUUUAUAAUGAAUUGGCUAAAACCUGGAAUGCUACUAUGGUUUCUGCGGUUGCGCCUUUUAGUGCCUGUUAUAAGUCAUCCACUCUGCCGUCUUGGAUUGAUUGGAAAAAUCCUAUAUCACCACCAAGUCUCACUUUCGUCUUUCCCGAGAUUCAAUGGGAUAUCGCCUGGUGGGAUAUAUACCAAGUUAAUGACGUUGCACACUGUGUGCAGUUUCUCGACGGAGGUUCAAACCUUAAGACUUCCCUUGUUAUUGGUGCUCGUCAGAUUGAAUUUGUAGAAUUUGAUCUUGUAAGAUCACGGGUUGGGUUCGUGCAACCAAACUUUUGGGAUCCGGAGUCAUAG